AUGAGCAACUUUGGGCAGAUCCUGAAGGAGAUUGGGGAGUUUGGUUUAUUUCAGAAACGUUUAGUGGCCGCAUUAUGCAUCCCCUCCAUGUUUACAGCCUUUGAUGUGAUUAGCCAGGUGUUUAUAGGCAUGAACUUCCCGCAUCACUGUAACACUAACUGGAUUUUGGAUCUUGGGCCCAACCUGACAGAUGAGAGACAAAGAAAUCUCACCCUCCCAGUGAACAAGGAUGGAAGUUUUGAAAGCUGUCAAAUGUUCACACCUGUGAAUUUGGAUUUGGAAACCAUUGAAGCAUAUGGGAUAAACGAUACAACUGGAUGCAUUAAUGGGUCAGUUUUUGAGGCACCGAAAGGUGCCUCCAGCAUUGUGACAGAGUUCGACCUGGUGUGUGACAGGAGCAGUUUGAUUGAGGCAUCGCAGUCCAUCUACAUGGCCGGUCUUCUGGUUGGAGCGCUGGUGUUGGGGCAGAUGGCUGACAGGUUCGGUCGACGCUUCGUGGUCCUGCUUUCACUCUUUCUCCUGCUGUUGUUUGGUGUCGGUGCUGCUUUCUCACCCAACAUCUAUGUUUACAUGGCAAUCAAAUUUUUAGGUGGCAUCUCCAUUUCAGGCAUUAUUGCUAAUGCAUUUGUGAUAGGUGGAGAGUGGAGUGAUUCGUCCAAGUUUGCUUUGUGCACCAUUAUCAGCCACUCUUUUUUCCCUCUUGGACUGAUGGUGUUGUCUGGCUAUGCCUAUUUGAUCCGCAACUGGAGGAUCCUGCAGCUGGUGCUCUUCAGCCCUCUUGCCCUUGUUCUGGGAAUCUUUUACUGGAUUCUUCCAGAGUCAGCUCGCUGGCUCAUCACCCAGGGCAGGAAGACGGAGGCCAUAAAGGAGAUCCGGAGGGCAGCCAAGGUGAACGGAAGGAAGAGCCCGGAAGAUCUGCUUGACAAGCUGGAGGUCGAGGAUACUUCCAAAAGAGGAAGCAUGCUGGACAUCUUUAGGAUAUCAUAUCUGAGAAAACGUGCUCUCAUAAUGAGCUACGUCUGGUUUGCAACAAGUCUGAUGUACUAUGGACUAAGCCUGAAUGUUGGCAAUUUCGGUCUGGAUAUCUACCUCACACAGUUCAUCUUUGGCGUAGUAGAACUCCCUGCACGUCUGGGAAGUUUGCCUCUCAUCCAGCACUUCGGCAGGAAAAUCAUUCUAGCAGGGGUCCUGUUGUUUGGAGGAUGUGCUUGUCUUGGGAUACUUGUCAUUCCAAGAGAUCUUCCUGUAGGGGUAACAGUCAUAGCUGUACUGGGAAAAUUUGCAGCCACUGCCAGUUUCUCCAUAAUCUAUGUUUAUACGGCAGAACUAUACCCGACCAAUCUAAGGCAGAAUGGUAUAGGUCUAAACGGCAUGUGCGCCCGUGUGGCGGGCAUCCUCGCUCCACUGAUUAGGCUCCUGGACGUCUACCAUUUCACCAUCCCCAUGCUGAUAUAUGGCAUCAUCCCAAUUGCUGCUGCAGGUUUCUGUUUAUUACUGCCUGAAACCUGUAAUGCUGAACUCCAAGACCAUGCUGAACUCACAAACCCAGAGAAUAAGACUGUUGAGAUGGGAUCCUUGUCUAACUCAGAAAAGAUCACAAAAAUGUAAUUUAUAUGGAUCUAGCUUUUUUCUAGUGUUUCUUUUUUCAUAUCAGAGAAAAAUUGUUUGCCUAUUCUCAACUGAUAAUUGGCAGCAAGAAUUUAUCAGAAUGCUGUUACCUAAAUGCAAAGAUUCAGCUGAAUCAUGUUUAACUUGUAAAUUAUUAAACUUAAUUUUUA